CUCCAUGUGCACGUUCGCUCGCAAGGCUUCCUUCAAUCGACUGUUCAUACUUCUUCUGGAAUUCCAAUCACUUGGAGCUUUCGAUUUUGCGUUCGGUACUUGUAUUCAGACGGCGCAAAUCGAGUGGACGUUUUGGGCUUCAUCAAACAGUACGAAUCGAUUCGGGGCUUCAGGAUACAGUGCAGACGGCGAUUCCAAGUUUGGUUUUGUGGGGUUUGUUUGAACUGAGUUGGGGUGAUUCCGAACGGCAAUUCCAUUCGAGAUGUUGUGCUUGAAGGAUCUCCAGGAUUUUGUUCAUAAGAAUUUCUCUGUAUUGGUGUUAUAUAGCUCUGCGUCAUUUCCAGAAAUAUUCAGUUACACAGCAUGCAGACAAUUAUCUCAGAUGAUAUUUGCAAUCAUCUUCUUUCACAUUUCUGAAUAUAUCUUGGCAGUUGGAAUUCAUGGAAGGUCAAAUGUUACUCUAAAUUCCCUUCUGAUAAGCAAAAACUAUAUCUUGGCAAUGGUCUUGUCUUUCUUAGAGUACUUUCUUGAAAUUAUGUUGUGUCCUGGUCUUAAGGAAUACUGGUGGGUUAGUCAGACAGGCCUUGCCAUGGUCGUAAUUGGAGAAAUCGUACGUAAACUGGCGAUUAUAACUGCGGGUAGGUCAUUUACACAUCUGAUUAAGAUCUAUCAUGAGGACCACCACAAGCUAGUUACUUAUGGAGUCUAUAGAUUUGUUCGUCAUCCCGGGUACAGUGGUUUCCUCGUGUGGGCAGUUGGCACCCAAAUCAUGCUGUGUAAUCCUGUCUCGACCGUUGCAUUUGCAGUCGUGGUUUGGCACUUCUUUGCUGAACGAAUUCCAUAUGAAGAGUACUACUUGAGACGGUUUUUCGGCCACGAGUACGUGGAGUAUGCGAAUCGGGUAUCCUCCGGAGUACCAUUCGUGAAAUGAAGGUCGAAGAUUUGGAGUUGGACUCAUCAUUC